AUGGAAUUACAAAGGAAAACUGAGAAAACCGCUCUUACUCAAAGAGAAAAAAUUGCCAAAAAAACAGCAUUCCGAUUGGGUAUACCUGAUUCAAAAGCUGUUGUUGACCCAAGGUGGGAAUCCAUUGAUCCCUAUCCGGACAUCAAAACUUUGUUCUCAAAGUUUAAUAUAAUGUUUUUCUGGGGAGUGCUAGAUGGAACAGAGGUCAAAUGGAGUAAAAGGAUGACAAGGUGUUCUGGGCUCUGUCGUUACAAACAAUCGAAUGACACCUGCUCAAUUCACCUAAGCGAGCCACUGUUAAAAUUUAAAUCAAGGAAAGACGUGGUGGAGACAUUGUUACAUGAAAUGAUCCAUGCCCUGCUCUUCCUGACUGGCCAAAAUGAACGUGAGUCCCACGGACCAAUAUUUAUUGAGCACAUGGAAAGAAUCAACAAAAUUACAGGUGCCAAUAUUUCGAUCUGCCAUGACUUUUACAACGAAAUAGAGAUGUGCAGAAUGCACUGGUGGCGUUGUGACGGGCCCUGCGAUCAUGUCAUCAAAAGAUCAAUGAACCGAGCCCCUUCUGCCCGGGAGUCAUGGUGGGGCCAACAUCAGCAGACCUGUGGUGGAUCAUUUAUAAAAGUCCGCGAGCCUCCUGGUUAUAAAAACAGAAAAAUUAAGAAAAGGGAUCGUGAAGAACUUGAUGGUGAUGUUGGGCAAUCUUCUAAGAAGUCUCGAAACUGA